GAUUAAACUGCUCCGAAGUAGCUGGAAAGAGUUUUCAGCCACACCCAUGCAUUCUGGGCAUGUACAGUUUGCAAAAUUGGCUACAAUAUGAUUUGUAUCAGGAAGAGUUUAAGUAUAGAAAGAUCGUGAGCAGCAACGGCACUGGACAUUAGAGUUGCAGUACUUAUCACUGUACUUUGUACCAGCAACUAAGAAGAUUUUGUUCUCCAGGAUCAACACAUCAAGCAACAUUAAACAGGACAGAAAUAAUGCUUUACACCUCGAGGGCAGUUUUGAUGCACACUGUUCACGCAGCAAGAAAUAUGCAUAGAUUGAUUGGGUUCAUGAAAGUGAAUGUCUCAAGCAGUUUGUUUGCUUGGUCCCGACAACACCAGAACUUAAGUACAUCAGCUAAAACCUGUGCUCCAAAGAGAAAAACAUAUAGCUACUUAAUAGUGGGAGGAGGUUCGGCAGGAUGCGUCUUGGCAAACCGUCUUUCAGAAGACCCCAAUAAUUCAGUGCUCCUUUUAGAAGCAGGGCCUAAAGAUAUACAGUUGGGUAGCAAACGACUAAUGUGGAAAAUUCAUAUGCCGGCUGCCUUAAUAUACAAUCUCUGUGAUGAUAAAUAUAACUGGUAUUAUCAGACUACUGCUCAAAAACAUAUGAAUAACCGAGUAAUGUACUGGCCUAGAGGUCGUGUUUGGGGAGGAUCCUCCUCGUUGAAUGCAAUGGUAUAUAUUCGUGGGCACGCAGAAGAUUAUAAUCGUUGGGAGAGACAAGGUGCUACUGGUUGGAAUUAUGAUCACUGCCUCCCUUAUUUUAGGAAGGCACAGUGUCACGAACUGGGAGCGGACAGGUAUAGAGGGGGAAAUGGACCAUUGCAUGUAUCACGUGGAAAGACAAACCAUCCUCUCCAUGUUGCUUUUCUUGAAGCUGGGCAGCAAGCUGGCUACCCAUUUACUGAUGACAUGAAUGGAUUUCAGCAAGAGGGAGUUGGUUGGAUGGAUAUGACAAUUUACAAAGGACAAAGAUGGAGUGCAGCUAGUGCCUAUCUGCGCCCUGCUUUGGUACGCAGCAACCUAACAGCAGAAGAGAAAACAUUUGUAACUAGAAUUUUGUUUGACGGCACCAAAGCUGUUGGAGUUGAAUAUGUUCAAAGUGGAUUACCAAUAAAGGUCUAUGCUAGCAAGGAAGUGAUCCUAAGUGGCGGUUCAAUUAACUCACCUCAGCUUCUUAUGUUAUCUGGCGUUGGUAAUGCAGAUGACCUUAAAGCAUUGGGAAUUCCUGUUGUUUGCCACCGUCCUGGUGUGGGCCAGAAUCUGCAAGAUCAUUUAGAAUUGUACGUGCAACAAGAAUGCACUGAACCUAUUACUCUAUAUCAAUCCCAAAGAUCCAUCAAGAUGAUCAAAGUUGGCCUAGAAUGGCUUUGGAAAUUCACAGGCGAUGCAGCUACUGCUCACUUGGAAACUGGUGGUUUUAUCAGGAGUCAACCUGAUGCAACUCACCCUGAUAUUCAGUUCCAUUUUUUGCCAUCACAGGUGAUUGAUCAUGGGAGAGUCUCACCUAACAUGGAGGCUUAUCAGGUUCAUGUGGGCUCGAUGAGACCCACAAGUGUGGGCUGGCUGAAGCUCAAGAGUGCAAACCCCAAAGACCAUCCAAUUAUUGAACCAAACUACUUAUCUACAGAAACUGAUGUCCUGGAACUUCGUCAAUCAGUGAAGCUAACUAGGGAAAUUUUUGCUCAAAAGGCAUUUGAUAAGUUCCGUGGUCGAGAGGUAACACCUGGCAGCCAUGCACAGACGGAUAAGGAAAUCGAUGCUUUUGUGAGAGAAAAGGCUGAUAGUGCCUACCAUCCAUCGUGCACCUGUAAAAUGGGCCAACCAUCUGAUCCUAUGGCAGUUGUUGACCCUGAGACUAGAGUUAUAGGGGUGGAGAACUUACGGGUUGUAGAUUCUUCUAUAAUGCCAAGUGUUGUUAGUGGCAACCUAAAUGCCCCCACAAUCAUGUUGGCUGAGAAGGCUGCUGACAUAAUCAAGGGAUGCCCAGCACUCUGUGACAAGGAUGUUCCUGUUUAUAAGCCCAAAUCUUAGACAUUCAGUAGUACAAAGGUUUUAAUUUUAAAUACUCCUAUUACACAAGAAAAAGUUAAUUUUUCUUCGCCAGUGAAAAGAUAAAUAGAAUAUUUAAAAUCAUACUUAAUACAAGGAGAAAACCUGAGUACUUGUUAAUUACCUGUUUGAUACAAAAUUUCUUGAAUUCACCCUAGUUUUCUAUUUUGUAUGUUUUUUUCUUAUUUUACUUUAUUAAAUUUUCCUUCAUUGUGUCAAUUACAAAUUAAACAGCAGGUUUAACUUAAUAUUAUCUCUGAUGUUAUGAACAAGGUUGAACCCCAACUGAAGUAAUAAGGAUUUUGGUCUAUUUAUGCAUCAGUUGUGCAUAUUCCACUGUAAGAUUGCAUGUGCAGCCACAUGUUUAUGGGGAGUGAUGCGGGUGCUUGUGGUUGUGUAAAACGUUUCUUUGUUGUAUCAACUAUUUAAAGUGAAAUUUACCUUUUUAGUUGAAGUAUCACCUGCUUAUUCAUUCAUGUUUAAUUUAUGUUGAUUCUGAAUUGUGGUAAAGUAAAAGCUACAAAAGUGA